AUGUCAUUAUCCCUCUCUUUCCUAGCUCCUUCUCUCCAUCCGAAUACUCUAACAGAUGUAUCCAUCCCUACUUCUCCUCAUGUCCAACCAACAGUCCGACACCUGGCCGUCAAACACUGUUCCCACCGACCAUUAGGUUUAAUCAAACAUAUCGUUUCUUCUUCCUCUACCGAGGUAGUAGUAUUGAACGAUUCUUUUCAAGUAUCACACCUACAAGUAGAACCUGAGGAACCACCUGUCAUCGUAAGACAACAUACGGUCGAUCAUGUACCAGGAGAUAAAUGGGCGGGGAUUAUACAUACUCCCAGUGGAACAAUAUCAUCUUCUUCCUCCGGUUUGACAACAUUACAUCCUCUCACUGAUUCCCAGGGACAAGAUGGAGAUAACAAAGAUACCUCCUCGAUAAACCUAGGAGGUCCUCUGACGACCAUAGCGGGAUCAAGACAUGGUAGAAGGAUGGCUAUAGCGGGUAAAGAGGUGGAUGUUACUGUAUUGGACAUAGAGAGAGCUUUUGGAGGAGUGAACGAUGUCAAUAUGGGAGGAAAGAAGGGCGCGUCAUUACCUGGAGAAACUUGGAAAGCUAAGAAUCUCCCAAUGACUUCUUUGAGAUUACGUCCACCAAUACAUCAUUUAUGUCUCACAUAUCUCUUGAAUGACGAAAACGAUUUGGUGAGCGGUACGAAAUCAGGUUCUAUAAGAAGAUACGAUACUAGACAAAGAAAACCUGUUUCAGAAUGGAAAGUCGCUAGAGAGGGUGGUAUAGGAUGUUUGGUAGUUGGAUAUGCCGAACACGAACUCUUCUUCUCUGAUCGAUCCUCUUAUUUAGCUUCUUUAGACCUCCGAACAGGUCGUUCAUUAUUUUCAUUCCCUACGAACCCUACUACUCAUCAUAUCAUCCCCAUUCCACCUCCCCCUAUCUCUGUUAGUCAUUCCGUUCUUCCAAUCAACCCCUCUUUUAACACUUCCGACUCUCCCUACAGUACGUCCGAUACUCAAUCGUACGAACCUCGGAUUGCCUUAGCUUCAAUAUCAUCCGAUGCGACUCUUCGUCUACAUACUGCUUCUCCGCCUCCUAUGCAGGUGAACGGUCGGUUAGCUGGGGAAGGUAAGAAAGGUGGGACUGUGCAGACUGUUGGAGGGAUAGGUUUAGGGGGGUUCAUUUUUAGAGGAUGGACUGAAAUUGUUGAUACAUCAUUAGAUGGAGGUGAAGCAAGGGACAAUGGAAAGAAAGAGGAGGAAGAGGAAGAGGAUGUUUGGGAGGGAAUGUCAGAGAUUGAUUCGGAAACAGAGGAAGACUGA